CUCCUCCCAGGCAGUGUCCCAGCCGGUAGUUCCGUCCUUAACACAGCUCAGUUCCCAUAAAUGGGAUGUCUUGGGGCCAGUGGGAGUGGAAUGGGACAGGUAUAAAAAGGAAGUGCGAGGCCCCGGGAAGAGGCCCCGUCCAGGCAGCUGGACUCAGGAGCUGAGGUCGCAGGACCAGGACCCGGCCACACCACGGCCCCACCCACUGCAGCCAGGAUGCUUCUGAGGGCGGCUCAGACAGGCUUUGUGGUCCUGAUCCUGCUGCAGAGCUGCUCUGCACACAAACUGGUCUGCUACUAUACCAACUGGUCCCAGUACCGGAAGGGUGAUGGGAGCUGCCUUCCCGAUGCCAUCGACCCCUUCCUCUGCACCCACGUCAUCUACAGCUUCGCCAACAUAAGCAACAACGAGAUCGACACCUGGGAGUGGAAUGAUGUCACGCUCUACGACACGCUGAACACACUCAAGAGCAGGAACCCCAACCUGAAGACCCUCCUGUCUGUUGGAGGAUGGACCUUUGGUUCUCAAAGAUUUUCCAAAAUAGCCUCCAAGACCCAGAGUCGCAGGUCUUUCAUCAAGUCGGUGCCACCGUUUCUGCGAACCCACGGCUUCGAUGGGCUGGACCUGGCCUGGCUCCACCCCGAGCGGAGAGACAAGCGCCACUUCACCACACUGGUCAAGGAAAUGAAGGCUGAGUUUGCGAGGGAAGCCCAGGAGGGAGCAGGGCAGCUUCUGCUGCUCAGCGCAGCAGUGUCUGCGGGGAAGGUGACCAUCGACAGUGGCUACGACAUGGCCCAGAUCUCCCGACACCUGGACUUCAUCAGCCUUAUGAGCUAUGACUUUCACGGAGCCUGGCGUCAGACCACCGGACACCACAGCCCCCUGUUCCGAGGCCAGAUGGAUGCAAGUUUUGACCGAUUCAGCAAUGCUGACUAUGCCGUGAGCUACAUGCUGAGGCUGGGGGUCCCAGCCAAUAAGCUGCUGAUGGGCAUCCCCACCUUUGGAAGGAGCUUCACUCUGGCCUCCUCCGACACCGGUGUGGGUGCCCCCAUCUCAGGGCCGGGAUUAUCAGGCCAGUUCACCAAGGAGGAGGGGAUCCUGGCCUACUAUGAGAUCUGUGACUUCCUCCGCGGAGCCUCGGUCCACAGGCUCACCAGCCAGCAGGUCCCCUACGCCACCAAGGGCAACCAGUGGGUGGGGUAUGAUGACCAGGAGAGCGUCAAAAACAAGGUGCGGUACCUGAGGAACAGGCAGCUGGCUGGCGCCAUGGUGUGGGCCCUGGACCUGGACGACUUCCGGGGCACCCUAUGUGGCGGGGCUGCACGCUUCCCCCUCACCAGUGCCAUCAAGGACGCGCUCACGGCGGCCUAGCCUGUGUCCUGCCCACAGGGGGGGGAGGGAUGCCCUUGCCCUUGGCUCUGGCUGGCCAGGAGCCUAUCGCCCGCCCUGCUGAGCAUCCCCCAGCCUCAGUCUACCUGCCUUGGGCCCCCGCAGAGGAGCCCCCAGCUCAGCUCCGGUGCACAAGUGGGUAGAGGGGGGCCCUGGGCAGCUGGGGCCUGGGGAGGGCAGAGCGCAGGACACAGCCCAGCAGCCCCUGCGGAUUCGUGAAAAUGCUCGAUGGCCCCAGUCCCACACGGAGGUGCCUUCGACCCCCUCCCCAGGCGUCCUUGCCAAAGAAGGCCAUUUGGCCAGCGCUGCCCCACGCAGCCAAGCACGUCCCACGAAGCAGCCGCCGCACGAAUCGCCCUCUCAGGGCCCAACUUGAAACCCUGCGGCCAGGAACAUGACCACGUCCCCCCACUUCCCCUUCCUAAUUCCGCAGCCGCGGCUCAAUAAAGCACCAGAGCUUCCCCGUG